UUCACAUAAGUUAAAUAUUUCGUCAAAUGCCGUUAUACAUAUACGCCGGAAUAUUAACAAUGUUUUUAAUUCUAGAAAGAAAAAUAUAAUCAAAUGGAGGUAGAUGCCAGUUAUAACAUAGGAUGAGCCCGGUUAAGGUAGAGUCACGGAGAGGAUGCGUCCGUCCACCGCAUUUCGAUAUUCUAUGGUUGCCAAGGGCAGCGAUGAGGUCGGUGGAAGGCGACCCGUCAGACUGUGUCCUGGUGGUUGGAGUAUCUCGGCCAAGGAUGGCGCUGGCUAUUAUGACUGUCAUGCUUGUUUCACUUUUCCUAACUUUCCAUAUGAUCUACGACAGCGCCCUUAACACUCUCCAACCAAAUAGCCUCGACCAUACCAGACCACCGAUACUCCUUCUCUCUAGAAAACUCUACCCAACAGCAGCCAGAAGGCUACCACAGGCAAUAAUUAUGGGAGUUAGAAAGUGUGGUACUAGGGCACUACUCGAAAUGUUAUACCUUCAUCCAAUGGUGCAAAAAGCUGCUGGAGAAGUCCACUUCUUUGAUAGAGACGAGAAUUAUAACAAAGGCUUAGAAUGGUAUAGGAUGCAAAUGCCUCAUUCUUAUCCGGGGCAAAUUACAAUUGAAAAAAGUCCUAGUUAUUUUGUAACACCUGAGGUGCCCGAAAGGAUCCGUGCCAUGAAUGCUAGCGCAAAACUUUUGUUAAUAGUGCGGGAGCCGGUAACAAGGGCGAUAUCGGAUUUCACUCAGUUGAGAGCCAACGCAGCCACGGCGUCGCCGGCCCUACCCACGCCACCACCUAAAUCUUUCGAACAACUCGCCCUGUUCCCAAACGGCUCCAUCAAUGAAGCUUACAGACCUCUGGCUAUAUCCUUAUAUCACAACUAUCUGCACAGGUGGCUCGAGGUGUUCCCCAGAGAGCAGAUGCUCAUAGUCAACGGUGAUCUUCUUAUUGAAGAUCCAGUCUCACAGUUGCAAAAAAUCGAACGGUUCUUGGGUCUAGAGCCCAGGAUAGGCACGCACAACUUUUAUUUUAAUGAAACUAAAGGAUUCUAUUGCUUGAGAAACGAGACCUUUGAUAGAUGUUUGCGAGAAACUAAAGGAAGGAAACAUCCGAGAGUGGAUCCCGAAGUGGUUUCCAAGCUGAGGAGGUACUUCAGCGAACAUAAUCAGAAGUUCUAUGAACUCGUCGGAGAAGAUCUCAGUUGGCCGGAAGAGUAAUGGUAUUUUAAGUUUAGGUUAGUUCAAUUAAUUACUAAUUAUUUAUGAGCCGGGUCUUGGUUACAAGCUUUAGCACAGUAUGUUUCCACCGCCAAUUUAAAUAUAUAUGACAUUUUACAUUUGCAUUAUGUUCCAGCGAAAACUUGAUCUAUACUGAUAUAUAAGGGUAUAGGGCAUUUGAUUUUUAAU